AUUGUGCAUCAUUAAAGAGAAUGCAGAGAAUUAAUUUUGUGAUGUAAAUGUGUGAAUAAUCAUUUAUUAUUUAUCAAGAAAGAAAAAUCAAAGGCGAUGGAACCUGGAACGGUUAAAGAAGAAAUUGUCCCAUUUGAAUUGGAGCACGUAGCAAUUAAAGAAGAAAUAUCGGAAGAGAUUUUACCUUUUGAACAUGUAACAGUUAAAGAAGAAAUACCAGAACCAGAGGAAUUUGUUGAAUAUGAACAGCAAUUAAAUACGGAAAUAAAUAUUCCAGAUGUAGUUGUAAAUAAACAAAUUCACAAUCGAGAAAAACAAUUUUCAUGUGACGUUUGUAAUAAAACAUAUAUGCGAAAACAAAAUUUAACUGAACACAUACGUAGCCAUACCGGAGAAAAACGAAAAAAUCAUGAAGAAAACCCAUUUCCAUGUGAUAUUUGUGAGAAAACAUUUCGACAUGAAAGCAGUUUAAUUGUGCAUAGACGAAUUCACACCGGGGAAAAACCUUAUUCAUGUGAAAUUUGUGAUAAAAAAUUUAAAAUACAAGGUGAUUUAACUCGACAUAAACGAAUACACAGUGACGAAAAAUCAUUUUCAUGUGAUAUUUGUGAGAAAACAUUUCGACAUGAAAGUAGUUUUAUUGUGCAUAGACGAACUCAUUCCGGAGAAAAACCGUUUUCGUGUGAAGUGUGCCAUAAAAAAUUUACCCAUCCUAGUAAUUUAAUUGUUCAUAAACGAAUUCAUACGGGAGAAAAACCUGUAUCAUGUGAUAUUUGUUAUAAGACAUUUAAUCAGAAACAAAAUUUAAAUCGACAUAAACUCAUACACUUGGGGGAAAAACCAUUUUCAUGUGAUGUGUGUGAUAAAAAAUUUAAUGUAUCCAGUCAUUUAACUCGACAUCAACGUGUUCACACCGGUGAAAAACCAUUUUCAUGUGACUUUUGUAAUAAGACAUUUAAUCAGAAACAAAAUUUAAUUAGACAUACACCCAUUCACACUGGGGAGAGAAAGUUUUCUUGUGAAUUUUGUGAAAAAGCAUUUAGUCAUCUCAGCAAUCUUAUUGCACAUAAACGAAUUCAUAGCGGAUACAACAAAUCAUUUUCGUGUGAAUUUUGUAAUAAAACAUUUACUCGGAGACAGAAUUUAAUUCAGCAUAGACUAGGUCAUAUCACAGAUUAUAGUUUAUUACAGAAGGAGACAGAAUUUAAUUCAACAUAGACUAGGUCAUAUCACAGAUUAUAGUUUAUUACAGAAGGAAACAAUUUAAUUCAGCAUAGACUAGGUCAUAUCACAGAUUAUAGUUUAUUACAGAAAUAGACAGGCAACUCUAUUGAACAUGAAAUGUUGUUUAAAAACCCUUCUGGAGUAAGGCACUUACGAGUGAACUUCUUUUUUUUUAAAUUGGGGGAAUUAGAUAUUAUUGGAAUUAUUUCUCUUCAGUUUAUCAUUUUUUUAAAUUUUUUGUACUUAUUUGUCUUCUAAUAAAAUAAAGUGAGGUUUUUUAAAAAUAAAAUAAUAAUUUAUUGCAAUGUUUGAAGCAAAAUAGCAU